CGUCACGCGCGGAGAGGCGGGGCUUCCAGGGGAAACGCCUGGGCUGGUGUCGGCGCGUCUCCCGGCUAGUCCCCAUGGCUGACUGGGCCGCGUCGCGUUCCGUCGGCCGCAAGGCCGGGGCUCACCGCUCCUCCCGAAACGCCGCAGGUACUAAACAGGCAAGUGCUUUGAAACAAGAAGAUGCUUCUAAAAGGAAAGCAGAACUAGAAGCAGCUGUGAGAAAGAAGAUUGAGUUUGAGAGAAAAGCUCUACAUACUGUUGAACAGCUUUUAGAAGAGAAUAUUACAGAAGACUUCCUAAUGGAGUGUGCGAAGUUCAUCUCACCUGCUCACUACAGAGAUGUCGUGGACGAACGUUCUAUUGUCAAACUCUGUGGUUAUCCUUUAUGUCAGAAGAGGCUGGGAAUUAUACCAAAACAGAAAUAUAAAAUUUCUACCAAAACCAAUAAAGUCUAUGAUAUUACUGAAAGAAAGUCUUUUUGCAGCAAUUUUUGUUAUCAAGCAUCUAAAUUUUUUGAAGCACAAAUUCCAAAAACUCCAGUGUGGGUUCGAGAUGAAGAGAGGCAUCCUGAUUUUCAGCUGCUAAAGGAAGGACAAAGUGGCCAUUCUGGAGAAGAAGUACAGUUAUGCAGUAAAGCCAUUAAAACAUCAGAUAUUGACAAUUCUAGCCAUUUUGAAAGGCAGUGUGAAUCUAGUUCUUCUAGCACUCAUAGUGAUAGUAGCAGUGAUAAUGAACAAGACUUUGUUUCCUCCAUUCUACCAAGAAACAGACCAAAUUCAACAAGUAUUAGGCCACAGCUGCACACAAAAAGCAUAAUGAAAAAGAAAGCUUGUCAAAAAGUUAACUCCAAACACAAAGAACAGAUAGUAGUAGAUGUCACUGAGCGGUUAGGCAAUUGCAGAUUAGAUAGUCAGGAGAAAGCAGCUGCAGAUGAACUCCCUUUACAGAAAGUAAAUACUCAGAUUUCUUCAAACAGUACUUUGCCUGAGAGAUUAAAGGCUUCCAAAAAUUCUGAAAAUAAAUACAAUAGGUCAGAAAUAACUCUAGUAGGCAUAAGUAAGAAAAGUGCUGAGCAUUUUAAGAGAAAAUUUGCCAAAUCAAACCAAGUUUCUAGGUCAGUCUCUAGUUCAACACAGGUGUGUCCUGAAAUUGCAAAGACAAACUUACUUAAAGUUUUGAAGGAGACUUUGAUUGAGUGGAAGACAGAAGAAACUUUGAGGUUUUUGUAUGGCCAGAAUUAUGCUUCUGUAUGUCUGAAACCCUCUUCAGCUUCUCUGAUUAAAGAAGAACUUGAUGAAGAUGACAUAAACUCUGAUCCAGAUAGUCAUUCCCCUGCCUGGAGGGAACCUCAGAACAGCUUAGAUGAGUCUUUACCUUUUAGGGGCUCAGAUACAGCCAUUAAAGAAUUGCCAAGUUAUGAGAACCUGAAAAAAGAAACUGAAAAAUUAAAUCUAAGGAUCAGGGAGUUUUAUAGAGGACGAUACGUUUUAAAUGAAGAAACCAAAUCACAAGACUCAGAAGAGCAUGAUCCCACCUUUCCACUGAUAGAUUCAAGUUCCCAGAACCAAAUUAGAAAACGCAUCGUACUUGAAAAAUUGAGUAAAGUAUUGCCUGGACUUUGGGGUCCUCUUCAGAUUACAUUGGGAGAUAUUCAUACACAACUUAAAAGUCUUGUCCAAACUUUCAGAUUAACAAAUAGAAAUAUUAUACACAAACCUGCAGAGUGGACUUUAAUUGCUAUGGUGUUGCUGUCAUUAUUGACCCCGACUCUUGGCAUUCAGAAGCAUUCUCAGGAAAACGUGAUGUUUACACAGUUUAUAGCCACCCUGCUUGAAGAAUUACAUUUAACGAAUGAAGACCUUGAAAGUUUAACUAUUGUAUUUAGAACCAGCUGUUAACCAGAGUGGUAAGUUGGAUUGUUUUACUAUAGUUUUUUCAUCAUCUGUUGCCUGUGUGGAUUCUUUUUUUCAUAUUGGAAAUUUUAAAAACCAAACACAGACCUCAGGGUGCCCUCCGCUUGCUAAGGAAAGACAUGAUAUCUAUCCCUUAGUUCUCAGCUGCUUCAGUCACUUCCUGCUACUCUUACUUUGCACCCCAUCCUUGUUGCUAUUCCUCCUUUGUAGACUAUAACAUCUCUGAUUCUUGCACUCCAGGAAACUCCCCAUUAUCAGUGUCAAACUCAAGCCUGGCCAUCCUACAUGUCCCAUGUGAUACGUUUCUUCAAAGGAAGUAGUAAUUUACUUCAUUCCAGCUCCUGCAGUGAUCUAUUGUGAACAUCCUCAUCCUACUGUCCCUUCAAUGAAAUAACCCCGUACCCAGCCAAUACCUUAGUCAUCUUAUGGGCAGACAAGCAAGUGAAUUUAUUAAUAGAGUCUGGCUUUGUUGAAUCCUAACCCUGCUCCCAGAUACAUAGCCCUCUCCUCUUAUCCCAAGUCCUUGCCUCUUUCAGAACUGCCCAUCAGAGUAUUCCCUCCCUAGUCCUGCCUUAAUCAUAACUCUCCAUCUCUUCCUACCUUAAUCCUCAUUUCACACAGUCCCAAGUGCUCAGAUAGGUAUUGAUUUAAUGUUAUAAUUGAGGA